AUGGUUCGCUUCGCUUUGGGUGAAGCUGGGAUUGUCUUCUCUCUAAGUGAUGUUCGCUCUGCCUCCAGUGAAGUUGGGGUUGUCUUCAGCGAGACUGCGACUAUCAUCAGAGAGGCUUGUCUUGCUCUUGGUGACGUUCGUUUUGCCUUCGAUGAGGUUGGGGCUGUCUUCAGCGAGGCUCACCUUGUUGUAGGAAAAACUAAAGUUGUCAUCACUCUGGGUGAGUUUCGUUUGGCUUCCAACAAAGCUCAAACUGUCUUUGGUGAAGCCCAUAAUUACAAGACCCUUGCUUUUCUUGCAAAUAUUCACCUCCGAGCUCUAUUCUGCUCUCCAUUUCGUGAUGGCGCGAUUUUUAAAGCAACUGCUCGCCGCUGCCGAGCGGCCGUUACCCCUCCGUCACCUCAAUGCUUUUGCGCCGUUAGAUCUUACAGUCAAUCCUAUUACCUAGCAAAGGUUGGAAUACCUGAGUUUUUGAAUGGAGUUGGGAGGGGAGUAGAGGCGCACGUGGCGAAGCUGGAGGCAGAGAUCGGGGACAUCCAGAAGCUUCUAGAAACGAGAACUUUACGGCUUAAGAAACUUGGCAUCCCCUGCAAACAUAGGAAGUUGAUAUUGACAUAUGCACACAAAUACAGGCUGGGGCUUUGGAGGCCUCGAGACCCAAAAAUGCCAGCUUGGUGGUUGCAGAAGGACUGCACUUUUAAUUGCUGAGGGUGUUUUGAGCAUGCACAACAUUAAGUGGACUUGAGGUUGUCUCUUAUGUUUUGGUUGAUUCAGUGCUCCAAUAAAGUUGUUACUUGCUAACGCAGAUCUGAAUUGCUUUUUCCCCGGUGCUUUAUUUUUUUUCCUUUAUUAGUUGUUUUGAAAGUAUUAGCAUGCGAAGUAGUGAAAUGUUAUCUUUGAACGCACUUUUUAUGUGGAGUUUAAAUUUAACGA